CGUUCGUGUUAUGGUGCGUUCAAGAGGAGCAGUAGAUCACAGUCCAAGUCGACUUCCACUCUACAAGGUAGUAAACUCCCUCAGCUGCUGCAGUAGUGUAACACAUGGAAGCAGAAUAGUUUAUGUAACAAAAUGUCAGAAUCAGAUUGUCUCACUGGUGUGGAGAAAAAGGAUGCUGAGAAGUAUCAUUUCAGCUCAGAUAGUUCCAGCAACUCAAUGGAUAUAAGCAACCAGAUCAAUAUUCAAGUAUUUACACAAGGGCAAGAGGAAAACCAGUUUGUGGAGGAGAACAGCCAAGACAAGGAUGUUGGUGAUCACUGGAUUAACAAUAAGAGGGAGAAAAAUGAAGUAAAGGAUGGAGAUAUGCAAAAUGGUGGAAAGGACUCAGACAAUCAGGAAAAGGGAGUGAAUGAUGGAGAAAUGUGGGCAGAGGAAGGAAGGGUAUUAGGAUUGGGUGAUAAGGGUGGAAAUGAUGGUUAUAUUGAUGAUUCUACAGGGACUGAGAAAACAGAGUUGGAGGAUGAAAGCUGUUUGAAUAAGGAGCAAGAAAAGCAUAGCAAAAGUGAUGCUAUAGGUGGUGAUGAGGUUGAGGAUGGAAAGUUAACUCAGGUGUCAUCAGAUGAGAGCCAAGAUAGAGUGAUAUCAGAGGAUAUAAAUGAGACUCCUGUUGAUAUAAAACAAGCUUCCAUACCAGUAGAGGCAAAUGAAAACAGAAAGCCAUCAGAAAAAAUGGGUACAAAUAUGGAGGUUGAUGGGAAGGAGGAGACAGAAGUACAAAUUUCAUCAGCAGAAAAUACAAGAUUAGUAAAGGGUGUUUAUAGGGAUGCUGCUGCAGAGGACAAACAUAUAGUACAAGAGCUAUCAGUUCCAGGAGUUAAUGCACAAUGUAAGAACACAAAUGAUGGCAUUGCAGUUGAUGCAGAUAAAAACAAAGACACUGACAUACUGGUCUCAAAAAAGGAGGAAAAGAGUAGGUUAUCAGAAGGGACAGUUGAAGAUAACAAUGUCAGAAUAUGUAAAGGAACACCAGAUACUGUAAACUCUGAUCAUGACAAUGACAGCCCAGAACCAACAGAUAAUUAUCCUGAGAGUAAAGGUAAUACUGAUACACAGGGUACAGCUCACAAUAUCAAGCAUACUGGGGUAAAUAGUCCUGUACAAAGUGAUGAUGUUGACAUGAAAUGGGAAAGUGAUACAAACACUUCUGAAUGGGAAACCGGGAUGUUUGUAACUGAAGUUAGAGAUAAUACUAGCCAAGAAGAUCAAGUUCCAGAAUGUCAGCCUGAGAAGGAUGAUGAUUCUUCUACUUUCCCAGAAGAGAACACCGAUAUUUUGGAAAAUUGUUCAAAAGAUUCAGGUAGUGAAAACAUCAGAGAAAUGGAUAAUUCUGUAGGUGUCAGUUCAAAAAAUGAUAAAAUUGUGUCUGAAAGAGUAGUCGAUGAUGAAGUUAGUGAUGAAGUUGAGACAAAGGAGCAUCAGCAAACUCAGCAGAAUGAUGACCAACAAAUUUUACUAAAUCACAGCGAUGCAGCACAAGAAGAACAGUUAAGAGAGUCAGUGGAAAGUGCUGACCAAAGAGAGGGAGUCCAGUCUGAGGAAGAGGAAAUACAUGAAGAAGAAUGCAAAAGUCAGAGAUGUGACAGCAGUGUAAUUCAAAGUGAUGAACAGGAGAGAGAUAUCAGUGUGAAGGAUAAUGCCUGUGAAGAAAAGAUCACCAAAGUGCACAAGAGGAUAACUGGCCAGAAGAGAAAAAAUAAGUCUGCUAAUGAAACUUCAAACAAGAAGAGUAUGAAGAACAUAGAGAGAGUAAAACAAAAACUUGAGGAAAUAAUGGAGAAAUCCAAGGCUGAGGAGGACAAGGCCAUUGCAGAGCUACAGAAGAUGAAGCAGGAAAAAGCUGAGGUACUGGAGUUAAUAACAACAGAAAUGGAAGUUUUGAAAAACCUCCUUGCCCAGGGAAAAGUGCAUGUCCUCAAGAAAAGUUAGUAACUGCAUGAAAAAUACAUUGUGUAUUAAGGCAAAGAAAAAAAACUUCAGAAAUGAAGAAAAUUAAGGUUAUGUUGUAAUAACCGCAUAAGUCAUAUAAAAGUAUAUUUAUGUAAUUUCUGACAUCAUAUAUUUUAAAUAUUUUGUUAACACAACCAGCCAAACUUUUUUAGCCUUGAAAAUAUAAAGGCAUACAGGCAUCCCUUGUACAAUCUUAAAUUUUUGCCUCCAAAAAUCUAUACAUGAUUUUUUACAAUAGAUUAUAUAAUCCAUAAGUGGUGGUUUGAUUAUAUGAUCUCUACAACUUAGGGUGGGGAACAUACCCAGACUUGUCUGCAGUCAAACACGUCCAGGUAUUCUUUGUGCCUCAAUAUUGCAAUGUUUGUGUGUGAUCUGUACAUGGUCCUCUAAUUCUGUUCCAACUUUGGUAAUUGGCCUCUAAGCAUAGGACCUUGCAGAAUGCAGAGCAAAAGGCAAAGGAAAAGCCAUGUGUCAAAAAUUAUUGUUCGGUCAUUUCUAUACUUCAGUUUGUUCACUGUCUUUUAUUCGUUUCUAUUUCAUUGAUUUUUGUUUCAUUACAUAAUUGUAUUAUAAUCUUAUGUUCAUUUUAAUAAUUUUUGCCUCUAAAUGUCGUUGAGUUAGAUAGGUUUUCUUUUGCAGUCAUUUCUUUACUUUUGAUUACCUAGAAAACACCAAUAAAACAUGUAAAAAUGCUACUGGUAUAAGGUCUCAUCUUAAAAUUAAUGUUCCAGAACUGUAAUCCAAUUGUAAAGUGAAGGAUAUCUGCAUGUGUUUUUGUCUUGUUUCAAAGGUUUUUUGUGUAUAUGUAAAUUUUCACUGUUUGCCAAGCCAAAAGUCUUGUAGUUAAGUAACAAAGUUUAACAUGCUUAUGCAAGGGACAAUUUAUGUUUUAUUUAAUUAAUUAAUCAUGCCACCACAGCGGGUAUGAUUGGUGGGCACAGUGGCAGUUACUUGUAAUGUGGCUUCACAGGUGAGAAAACAAAAGGGGAAACUAAAUAUUUGCCUACCUAAGGUGUCAUUUCUGUUUGUGUCCACCCUGGUACCUGUUAAUUAUAUGCUGCUCAUAUGGACAGGCCUUUAUGAUUCAGUCAUUUUGUAUUAUUCUGAUGAUAGUUAAUUUAUAAUUUUGUCAUUAAUGGCUUUGUUUGAUUAUUAAUGAUACCAAUUUCACAAUUAAUUGCUUUCAUUGGAAUAUAUUAUAAAAGAUUGCUAAGCAAUCUUUCUUUUUGUGUGUGGAUAUUGUACAUAAUUUAUUAUAGAUUAUUCAUAAACUUUGAUUUAAAUUUUGACUUCUGGAAUCCAUGGAGCCAUUGUUAUUUGUAUUCUCUGUUCAGUAAAGAGAUAUUUUAUUACU